AUGUGUUAUUUACAAGUGUUACUUAGUGUGUUAUCACUGAUAACAGUGGUGAUAAGUUGGCCAGAUGGUGCACCAUGUACACAUGCUGUGUUUGAUUCAAUGAAUCCACUUGAAGCAGUCGAGCACUAUGGUGGUUUACAGCUUACUGUUCCACCAUAUCACAUUGAAGUUCGUCAAAAGUGCUACUGGGUAAAUCAACCUCUUGAAUUAAAUCUGAAAGGAAAUGCAAGCACAGAUCGCUUUCGUGGUUUUGCUAUUCAACCAAUUUCUUAUAGAGGACCAAAUCGAGGUAAAAGAAUUGGACAAUUUUUACGAUUAGACGAUAACGGAUCCUGGCAACAGCAAUGUUUUCGAUUCAAAAAUUCGGUGACACAUUCGCAUGACGAAAAAAAGAAGCAAAUUAAAUUGUGGUGGAAAAAUGAAUUAAACGAUGAUGAUUACGUACAAUUCGUGGCAACCGUAGUUAAGGCACAGAAAGAAUUUUGGGUGAAAUCAGUUAAGUCAAUACCGAUACCACCGUGUCGUAUCGAAAAGAAUGGCAUUCAGGAUUACGUACCGGAUCCGAUAACACCACCACCACCGGUUCGUCAUUUUGUGCGGGAAUUUGCUGUUUAA